CAGCCCAGCGUUUUGCUUUAAAUUCCCCGUGAAGUACCCGGGGGGGGGGGGGGAGGGCGCUGUGUCAGGGGCUUCGGACCUCUGAGCCAACGAGCCGGCCAGCGGGAGAAGCCGAGCCUUUCUCAAGUGGGAGCGAGCUGCUUCCUUGGGGCGCUGGAGGGAGCUGGCGCGUCCUCGAAGAGCCCGUGGAACAGGCGCUGCUGUCGCUGCCUGCCUGCGGCAAGAGGAGGGAAGGGAAAACGAGCGGGUUGCCACACGUUCGCAAAAAUGCAAUGAAGCUGAGAGGGGAGGAGGAGGGAAGAAGGAGGAACACCUGGGAGAGGCGGCACGGGCGCUCCUCGCUCUAUCCUCCAGCCCGCCGCCACUUCCUUGCGCCUGCUGCCUGUUUCCCGCCUCUCCGGUUCCACCGCGCCGCGUCAGGUGCCGCGCUGGAGUGGGCAGUGCGCCUGUGCGGCGUCGGCAGCAGCACCAGCAGCAGCCUCAGCAUCGUCGGCUCCGGCGCCAGAGCGCGGCAGUAGGCGCCAAGGGAGCGCCUUAAGCCGAAGCCGGCGCGCUGGUGGGCGAAAAUGGCGGAGCCGGGUCCCGCGCGGACGUCUCCCUUGUACCUCCGGGCUUCAGCUGUGGAUGGGUUUCUGAAAACAGAUGAAAGGCAAAGACUCGCCAGGGAAAGAAGAGAAGAAAGGGAGAAGUAUCUUGCUGCCAGAGAGCAGCAAAUCUUUGAAAAGGAAAGGAGAGCAAAACUUCAGUAUGAAAAACAAAUAGAAGAACGAUGGAGAAAGAUGGAAGAGCAAAGGCAGAGGGAGGAGCAAAAGAGGGCAGCAGUUGAAGAAAAGAGAAGACAGAAGCUCAGAGAAGAGGAGGAACGACUAGAGGCUAUGAUGCGGAGAUCCCUGGAGCGCAGUCAGCAGCUAGAGCAGAAACAGAAGAGAUGGUCGUGGGGAGGAGCACUAGCUGCAGGCGAAAGAGAUGGCGAAUCAGAAAAUAUCCCACCCCCUCCAGGUUUAGUUGCGAACACCCUUCUUCCAGACUCUGUGGCUUCAGCUGCUGCUGCAGAUCCCUCCAAUGCACCAGCUAGCCCUCUUAAAUCUCCUUACAAGCCAUCCCCCACCCGAAGCUUGGAGAGAAAGAAGGCAGCUUCUGCUUCCACAUCAGAUGCCAUGAAGGGGGCACCUGCUGCUGAGGUUUUACAGAAUGAGAAGAAAAAGAAAGAGAAACGGCCCACAGCAGCUGGCACUUCAUCUGGGUUGGGAUCUCCUCUCAGAAGAUCUGAUUCCCCAGCAUCCAUGUCUAAAAGAUCAGCUUCACCUGCAGCCCCUAAGAUGAUUACAAAGACUUACCCUCAGUCUCCCAAAACUGGUAAACAAUAUCCAGCUUCUCCUGUGAAAAGCCGUGCUACUUCAAAUCUCAAUCAAGAAACACCUAAGAAAAAGGCAGAAAAACAUAAAGACAGUCAGAGGGAUAAUAUUAGCCAAAAAAUUCAAGCAUCGCCAUCUGAAGAGGCUGUAAGCCAAACAGUUGCUGAAAAAUGUGUCCCUUCUUCAAACAGUGAAGGGAAACUUGCAGCAGGAACUACUGAUGCUGAAGAAGCUACAAGGAUUCUGGCAGAGAAAAGACGCCAGGCUCGCCUCCAGAAAGAACAAGAGGAAAAACAAAGGCAGGAGAAGGAGGAACGUGAAAGGUUAGAAAGAGAAGAAAAGAAAAGAAAGGCAGAAGAAGAGAAGAUUCGGCUGGAGGAAGAGGCCCGUAAGAAGGAGGAGGAAAGAAGGCGUGAAGAGGAAGAGGCUACCAGAAAAGCGGAAGAGGAAGCUAGAAGGAGAGUUGAAGAAGAACGCAUAUUAAGAGAAAAACGAGAAAAGGAAUUGCAAGCUAUGAUUGUGUUGCAGAAAGAAGCGGCAGAAGCAAAGGCUCGGGAGGCAGCUGAACAUCUGCGUCUGGAAAGGGAACAAAUCAUGCAGCAGAUAGAGCAAGAAAGACAGGAGCGAAAGAAGAGAAUAGAUGAAAUAAUGAAAAGGACAAGAAAAAGUGAAACACCAGAAAUAAAGAAAGAAGACACAAAGCCAGAGGUGUCAAUGAUUCUAAAUAUGGAUAAACAGCCAAAGCCACUUGCUAUCAGCCAACCAGAAAUGAAUGGACUGACAACCUGCAAAGAAGAUAAAGGCCUAGGAUGUGCUGUGCCUGACUCUUUCCCUCAUGAUGUAUUUUCUAAUGGACUUAAGCCACUUAUGAGCCUUAUUCAACUGGAUGCAAUAGAUGGAAAGUCUAACAGCAUGGAUGAUUCAACAGAUGAAGUUCAGUCUAUGGAUGUGAGUCCAGCUUCAAAGGAAGAACUCAUUUCCAUCCCUGAAUUUUCACCAUUGAAUGAAAUAAUGCCAGGUGUAUCUUUGGAUCAAAAUGGAUCAAAUAAUGGGAAGGCUCUUGAAGAUCUACUAGAUUUCACUGGCCAGGCCACUUAUCCUAAACUAUCUAGCGAAAGUCUCAGCAUAGAUGAUUGUAAUAAAAACUUGAUUGAUGGAUUUAAUAGUCCAGGACAGGAGUCAACUUUCAACACCUUAUGUUGACAAACACUCCUACUCAGCAAUAAGAGGAAGUAAUUUGGAGGAUAUAAUGACUCCUGACACUGCUGCUGUCAGUAAUAUAAGAGCUUGUCAUUUGAAGAAGCUGCUGCAGUCCUCAACACUGGAUGUCAUCUUAUUCUGCACUGAAUUUACUGUCUUCCCAUGUGUAUUGUCAAAUAAUUAACCAUUUUUGGUAAAGAGUGGAAUCUUCUGUUUGGACUGGUUUCAGGGCACAUUUGCAGGAAUUGUUUAGAAUAUGAGAAUAAGAAAAA